CUAGAGUGACCCAGGCUACACUACUACACUAGCCUGACUCAAGGCUUUGUUUUCCAAGACACUAUACCCGCCGGGGCCCACGCUGCCUUCAAGGGGGGAAUGUGACCAGGAGCGUAGCCGCUGAACCUUCCGAGAUGGACACCUUGUCUCUUUUUUUUUUAUUUAAUUUUAUUUUCAUUUCCUUUUUUUAUUUCUCUCUCAUGUUGUCUCUUUUUGCCUCUUAGAAGAGUUGCAUAUUCAUUGUGUUGUUUUUCUUUUUUUUUUUCUUUUUUUUUUCCCCUGUCCCCUUGUCCCUCGUCCCCAAUCCCACAGUUGCACCCCUUUGCCUGUCUUUGAAAGCUGUCCAGGUUGACUUGACGCCCAGUAUUGGAGGGAAGUUUGAACGUGUGAUGCAGCCAACAUGAACGGUUGUCUUGUGUUGCACACCCUUUCCAACACUGCGACACGAUCGCCCCAGGGAGAAAAGCGCCCAUGCUUGAUAUCGUAUGGUUCAUGACCAAUAUGUUUCCAGUACAGGAAAAAUCCCUGAAGAGGCAAAGGCUCUCUCGCUUUUGGCCCCUGCAGCACCCGUAGCCAGCCUGAUGAGUGGAGGAGGACUUCUACCCAUUCCCAGCCCCACCACGCUACAGAACCGAGGUCUUCCUUUAGCUAAUCUGGGGGUCCUGAAGUCUAGUUUGGACACGUCUGUGGCGGCUCUGAGUGCAAUCGCUUCGCAACCUCCGCUCAUGGGUAAUGUUGAUCCCUCUAAAAUUGACGAGAUCAGGAGGACGGUGUAUGUCGGCAAUUUGAAUUCACAGAGCACCACAGCAGAGCAGCUCCUCGAGUUCUUCAAGCAGGUGGGAGAUGUGAAGUUUGUUAGAAUGGCAGGAGAUGAAACACAACCUACACGUUUUGCUUUUGUGGAGUUCUCUGAUCAGGAUUCAGUGUCACGAGCACUUACUUUCAAUGGAGUCAUGUUUGGGGAUAGGCCACUUAAAAUUAACCACUCCAAUAAUGCCAUAGUGAAGCCUCCAGAGCUCACGCCGCAAGCUGCGGCCAAAGAGCUGGAGGACGUCAUGAAGAGAGUUCGAGAGGCUCAGUCAACCAUUGCUGCUGCCAUUGAGCCAGGUGACAAAAAUCGCUCACCCAGUAGAUCCAGACAUUCCAGAAGGUCAAGAACUCGCUCUCGCUCCCCGUCACACUCACGGAAAAAACGAUCCAGGUCGAGGCAUAGGGGACGCCCGUCCCAGAGAUCACGGCAGAAGUUGAACGCCUCACGUGGGUCCCAUAAGAGACGCUCACGUUCCCGAGAAAGGAAACACAGCCGGAGUAGAUCUCAUUCCAGGGACCGAAGGAAGGACAAGGACAGUAAAGUUAGGAAGGGCGAUGGCUGGGAUGAAAAGAGGCUGCGGGACAAAAAAGGAAGGAUGCCUUCCAAAGGCUACGUUGGCUCCAGGCGUUCCCGCAGUAUAAGCAGAGGACAUAAGAAAAGAAGUAGAUCCAGGUCACCCAAGCGGAGAGCCAGGUCACCAUCACCAUCAAAAAGAGGCAAGAAAGAUAAAAAGAGAGAUAAAGGAUGGGACAAUAGCAGGGAAAGGAUGGAGAGCUCAACGUCCAGGAGGAAAAGCAGGGAUUCUGACCAUAAAUCUAAACCCUCACUGAUGGAAAGGAGCUACGAGCAGGUGGAGCAGGAGUAUGACAGUGACAUGGACGGGUCGGGCUCUUUGGGAAGCGAUGACCGAUCUCCUCGAGCUCAUCUCAACGGCAGCUACAUGAGCACUUACGCUGAGGAGGACGAUCUCUCUGCAGAUGAGUGAUCCACAUCUACCCAUAAUGCCAAGUCUGGAGAGCACAGCAUUAUGUAUCAUACUGUAACAACUGUCUCACUUUUUAAAGUGCUUUCUCUUGCGUCCAUUGCUGUGUGAUUGUAGGCUUUUGAAAACAUUUUCUACUGCUGUGAAUAUGCUACCUGUCAUAUGAUAUUCAUAUGGAUGAAAAUGUAAAGUUUUGGAUAGAUCUACAUGUGUGGAGAGAUGCGGUAUAUUGAACGAAGGUGCUUGUAUUCAGGUCACUCUUUUUAAUCCGUUUUGAAUUUGUUUUCUUUUGCAUGUCUCUUUGUGUUUACUCUCUUGUGGAAAGAUAACAUUUUAUGCUUAUUUGUAUCUUUUUUGGUCCAUCUUACUAAAACAAAGCCAUUAUUAUUAGUGUGCA